GGUUCCCAAGUCACCGGUUGGUGAGGCGAGUCACAUGACCCGGCUUGCUCUCCGACAGCUGGAGGGCUGCGGGUUCCGGGUGAUGUUUAGCGAGCCGUUUUUUUUUUUUUUUCUACUUGUAAUCCUGUUUCCACUCUGAGAUUAUUUACUAAAUAAAGUCGGUUUCUGCAGCAUGGGGGACAAGAAGAGUCCUACCAGGCCGAAGAGACAACCGAAGCCUUCAUCAGACGAGGGAUAUUGGGACUGUAGUGUCUGCACGUUCAGGAACGGCGCUGAGGCUUUCAAAUGCAUGAUGUGCGAUGUCAGGAAGGGAACCUCCACACGCCAGCUGCCAAGAAUGAAAGAUGUGUCUCCAGUCCAGGGAAGAGCAAAGUCCUGCAGUCCUAGAUGGAAACCACGCCCAGUUUCCCAGUUGGUUGCACAGCAAGUCACCCAGCAGUUUGCCUCUCCUACGCAGCCAAAGAAAGAGAAAAAAGACAAAGCAGAAAAAGAAAAGAAUGAAAAAGAAACCCCUAGCAAAAAGAACAGUCAGAAGAAAACAAGGCCAAGGUUAAAAAAUGUGGAUAGAAGUAGUGCCCAGCAUUUGGAAGUCACAGUGGGAGAUCUCACUGUCAUUAUUACAGACUUUAAGGAGAAAACAAAGUCAACACCUGCUUCUAGUGCUACAUCUGCAGAUCAGCACAGUCAGAGUGGUUCUAGUUCUGAUAACACAGAGCGAGGAAUGUCCAGGUCAUCAUCUCCAAGAGGAGAAGCCUCGUCAGUAAAUGGAGAAUCGCAUUAAAGUUCAUUUCUUGAGGAAUCCUUUGAUCACAUGUGAACUUGCAAGUUACUCGUUUGCCAACACAUCACUUUUCCAUGUCAAGUAAUUCACCAUGUGCAUACUCUGGAAAGACUACCAGAAAUGUGUUUUUUGCCAGUUUUGUUAGUAUUUUAAUAAAAUGUGAAACUAUCCUCACAACUACAAGACUAAGCAUAGGAAUGAAUUUUCGUUCCUUUUUUAGUCAAAUGAUUAUUUCCAGACUCUGGACUUAUAAGACUGCCAUGUUUGCGGUUACAUGAAAAUGUGGUUAAAAUCCUUUUACAGUGUUAUACAUGGAAAUCUGUCCACUCUUUAGUUUAGUGAUCCCUAACUCAUUAGAACUGUCUUUACUAUGGCAUGUAGUGAAUGGAAUUUUUAUGAAAUAGUUCAGGCUGCCUAAAUAUGUAUUAUUGGAGGCAUUGUGAAGCAUAGUUAUAUGUAUACAAAAGUAACACUGAAUAUAAUCAGUUGUUGAAACAUAAAUUUUCUUAAUGGUUAUCUUAAAUACACCUGCUGGUACUUGGUGUGGUUUAAAUAGGAAAAGUUUUAAAAUAAAACAUUUGUAUAAAAGUUUGCCAGUGUUUUCUAAACACAAUGUUUUACUAGGUUAUUCACUAUGAAUUGUAUUGCAGGUUUCAUCAAGGUAACUGUUGAUAUCCUAGAUGAUUAGCCCGUUUGCUGACGGUUUAUCAGAUUCAUUGUUUUUGUAGAGCUAUGCAGAAUGACUUAUCAGGACUGUGAAUUUGCUGUAAUAUGACUUGGAAUGUAAAGAUUUGGUGCUGUUGAGGAAGACUGUUAACCUGCUGCCCACUUUUUAUCAGAAGAACUAAAGGAAACAAGCCGUAGUUUAUACCCCCAAACACGGUCAGUCCCAUCCUAGCUUAACACUACUUAUGCCCUACUGAUGGUUAGCUGUGAAAUAAAAUGUCUGCAUAAUGGGCCAGUUGGGUAUUUUAAACAAGAAGGCUUUACGAAGAAUAGAGUUGGUAGGCCAUUGUGUUUGUAGUAAUUAUGUCUGUUACCAUUUUAUUUUAAUUCUAGGAUAUUGGGAGACUUCCUAGAGCCUCAGCAGUCUGUUUUGUCAGAAUUAAAUGGCCAUUUUUAAUAUAUGCAUGAACAGUGUCACAAUAUUAUGUUCACUAGCUAAAUCAGUUGUCCAAGGAAACACAAGUUACUGGUUUCAGAUAAUUUUAUUGUAUUUACUUAAUAAUUAGAUGCUGCUUUAUCUUUCACACAGAUUAAUAUAUGCUAGACAUGACCAUAAAAAGUAAAUGUUCCAUGAAAGCAUUUAGCAAUAAAAGUAAUUGAAAUGAAGAUGCAUUUCAAUACCGAAAGCUACCUGUUUGUAACUGUAAAGUUUCAGGGCAGAAGCAUUUGUUGGUACACGGUGUAACCAUGUUUCAUAGAUUCAGUUUUAAGAGUCUUAGAAGCUUUUAUAAUAACACGGUUAUCUUUUAAACUUGUUAGUUGAUAUAUUGGCUUUACAAGUACCUUUUGGGGCACCAAGGGAGGGAGUUUGCAUGGGACAGAUGCAAAGGUUGAUUUCCUUAACGUGGUUUUAUUUUGUUAACAUCCCAGUUCAUUAUGAUCACAGUAGAAUGUUUAUUCUACUAUUACUUGAUCUAUAUUGUGGGACCAUGUGAAUUUUUAAUUAUCAGACAUGCAAAAAUAUUUCUUAAUUACUAUCUAAAGAAUGAUGGUGCUAAGGCUUGCCAAAAAGAACACUGUAUCCUGAAGUUAAUAAGACUCUAGCUUGAUGUUUAUAAUUUAGUGUAUGAUUUUUAAAAGCACUAAGUAUGUCCCCUGUGGUGUUUAACUUCUGUAGUAGCUAAUGUAUUUUUCUGUGGUUUAAUGCAAUACUUCUACAGGCACUCUGGUGCUAUUUAUUUUGUAAAAUACUAGUACUGAAAUAUAGUUGGCUUCAAAAAAAUAAAUACUGUACAAGCCUCA